AUGUUGCUGACAGUAAGUCUUUGGCUGUUUGCAGUUUCGCCAGCUCUCUUUGCUCCAGUCAAAGAACACUGUACAACAGAAAGAAACAAGCUGCUGCUCAUCUCCUUUGAUGGAUUCAGAUGGGAUUAUGACCGUGAUGUGUACACACCAAAUCUCGACAGAAUGGCUCAAGAUGGUGUAAAGGCUACUUAUGUCAUCCCACCCUAUAUAACUAUCACUAGCCCAAGUCACUUCACUCUGCUUACAGGACGGUACAUUGAGAAUCAUGGCGUGAUUCACAAUAUAUGGUUUAACACCACGACUCAGGAGAAGAAGCAAUACUACAUGGCACAGUUUGUUGAUGACUACUGGGACAAUGGCAGUCUACCAAUAUGGAUUACAGCUCAAAGACAGGGUUUGAAAACUGGCUCCUUGCAUUUUCCAGGUACAGCUGCCAAAUACCAAAAAGAAAGAGUGCAAGUACAUGAGGUGGAAUCACAAUUUUAUGACUACACCAAUGAGACAGAUUGGAGAGUAAAUGUGGAUAAAGUGAUGGGUGAUUGGUUUAAAACUCGGGAUCUGGAUUUUGUCUCAUUGUAUUUUGGUGAACCAGACCAGACAGGCCAUAAAUAUGGGCCUGAAUCCCCAGAACGGCGUGAUGCAGUGAGCAAAGUGGACCGCACCAUCGGCUAUAUACGUGAAACUGCACAUAAACAUGGUCUUGCUGGCCACCUGAACAUUAUCAUCACUGCUGAUCAUGGCAUGACUACAGUACAAAAAGGGACUGGAAUAAAACAGAUUAUUCUCUCCCAAAUCCCUGGAUUCUCGUUUCAGGAUAUUAGGUUUCAGUUGUUAGACUAUGGCCCUAAUGGGAUGCUGUUGCCUAAGGAGGGAAUGCUGGAGAAGGUGUAUCAAGUCCUCAAAGGUGCUCAUCCUAAUCUUCAUGUCUACAAGAAGGAAGAUAUGCCUGCUCGUCUUCAUUAUUCAAAUAAUCCUCGUAUUUUACCCCUCAUUCUUUAUGCUGACCCAGGAUAUAUAAUUAAUGGGAUUCUCCCAGUUCAGACCAGUAAAGGAGAACAUGGAUUUGAUAAUCAAGCUUUAGACAUGAAGGCUUUCUUCAGGGCAGUGGGGCCUGACUUCCACAAGAACAGGAUUGUAGGCCCUUUUGAGACAGUUAAUGUUUAUCCCUUAAUGUGUCAUCUACUGGGAAUAAAGCCUGAGGUCCAUGAUGGCUCACUCGAUAACACCAAACAUCUUCUAGUCUCUGGUGGGCAACAAUGUGACAGCAAAGGUGAGUUUGAAAAAGACCAGAUGAUAAUUAUAAUUGGCCUAGCUGCAGGGGCUGGGUUUCUAAUAGUUGUCUUCAUUAUCGCUUCAUCUUAUAAUCUCUUCAAACGAAAAAGAACAAAUAUAAGGUAUCAUAUCAAAGAAGAAUAUGAAGACAAAAUUGAUCCAAUGCAAACAACAAUGUAA